CGCCGGGGCGGACGUUUCGGGCGGGUGUUUUUAGCUUUUUGUUUUUGUUUUUAGGCCCGACGGAACGCGAUUGCAGCUAAAACAGGGAGGCGUCCGGGAAAAUCCGGGUGUAUGGGGUGGAAAUCUGUUUAAUCUGAUUUGAGAAGUUCAUCUAUUUCCUUCAAGCAAAAAAUAAAUUAAAAGGAGGACAAGAUGCCAACUGUGAAAGUUUUACAGCCUGUACUAAAAAUGAAAGUGGAUGAGCUCUUUUUGUGCUGGUUGAGUGAAACAGCAACUCAAGUGAUGCUCAAAGACUAUUUAAGAAGUAUAACCAGUGAAGAAAAGAUUGAAAUGGGUAGUGGUGAUGCUGGAGACAAUGAAAAUAUUCUUUCUCAAAUUAACUAUGUCUCCAAACAAAGCAUGUUAGGCAGUCUGAUGUCUCCUUUGACUCCAACAAGCUCUCCUCACCUUUCUACUGUUCUUCCAUUCACUACGCCAACAAGUCCUAGGAGCUAUUCUGGUAUUCGAGGAAAGCGCAGAUCUUCAAGUAGCAGAAAUGUUCAGUCAAAGAAAGAGGAAUCUUUAACACCAUCUCUGAGCCAAACCAUUCCAACAUUUUAUUUUCCUCAAGGUCAUCCAAAAGAAAAAGUCAAUAUUGAUGCUAUUAUUGCAAAGAUAGACAGGACUUUCUCCCAGUUUCCCAAUGAGCGAGCUACAUUAGAAGAUAUGGGCAAAGUUGCAAAGGCCUGUGAUUGCCCCCUUUACUGGAAAGGUCCAUUAUUUUAUUGUGCUGGAGGAGAACGCACAGGAUUUGUAUCGGUUCAUAAGUUUGUUGCUAUGUGGCGAAAAAUAUUACAGACCUGUCAUGAUGCUGCAGCCAAGUUUGUUCACCUUCUAAAGAGUCCUGGAUAUAAUUAUCUGGUACAAGAAGACUUCAUUCCGUUUUUACAAGAUGUGGUCAAUAGUCACCCUAGUCUAGUCUUCUUAAAAGAAGCAUCAGAAUUUCAUUCUCGGUACAUUACAACGGUAAUACAAAGGAUAUUUUAUACAGUAAACAGGUCGUGGUCAGGAAGAAUCACUUGUAAUGAACUCAGAAAAAGCAACUUUUUACAGAAUGUGGCAUUGUUAGAAGACGAAGUAGAUAUUAACCAGCUGACAGAAUACUUCUCUUAUGAACAUUUUUAUGUAAUUUAUUGUAAAUUUUGGGAGCUAGAUACAGACCACGAUCUUUACAUCGACCAAAAGGAUUUAGCUCGACAUAACGACCAUGCUAUAUCUAAUCGGAUGAUAGAGAGGAUUUUCUCUGGAGCUGUAACAAGGGGCAAGAAGGCACAGAGAGAAGGAAAAAUCAGUUAUGCGGAUUUUGUGUGGUUUUUGAUAUCAGAAGAAGACAAAAGGACUGCCACUAGCAUUGAAUAUUGGUUUCGGUGUAUGGAUCUUGAUGGUGAUGGCGUACUGUCCAUGUAUGAACUACAAUACUUUUAUGAAGAACAGUGUCAAAAACUGGAUAAUAUGGCCAUUGAACCUCUGCCAUUUGAAGACUGCCUUUGCCAGAUGCUGGAUCUUGUGAAGCCAGAGAAUGAAGGAAAAAUAACACUUCAUGAUUUAAAGAGAUGUAGGAUGGCAAACGUUUUCUUUGAUACUUUCUUUAAUAUUGAGAAAUAUUUAGACCAUGAGCAGAAGGAUCAGUUUUCUGUGCUGAGGGGCACUGAAAAUGAAAAUCAAGACAUGUCUGAUUGGGAAAAAUAUGCGGCUGAAGAGUAUGAUGUCCUAGUAGCUGAAGAAGCAGCCAGCGACCAAUGGAAUGAUUGUUAUGAAGCUGAGCUUAUUCCUGGUGAUCACCAAAAGACCAACAUACUAAAAUAUCAAAUGGAGAAAAGACCUUUUUUUGAUAUGCCUUCCCAUUUGGCAGAUGUUGAUUUGGAUGAUUAUGACUAUGAAGAUGAUUUUGAAUAAACUAUAUUUGUAGAAGUAUAAAGACUGUGUCUGCAGCAGGUCUGCUAAAUCUGUGUAGAAUUCUGUCCCCCCAAAAAAGAAUAAAAUUGAGUUUCUUGUGCUGCAAAAUUAAUACUUUUAAAAUAUCUAAAUGGUUACAUUUGUAUGGAAUGACACUUUUUAUGUAUUUAUUCAAUGGAUUGUUGCCUAGGAAAAAAUAAAUUAUUUAUAGACUUUCUUUAAGGAAUUACAGUGCAUCUUGUAUGAAGUAAAAGUACUGGCUUGUUUUUAUACAAAAUAUUAAAUUUUUUCUUGAUUUCUAUAAUAAUGUAAGUCCUUGCUCUUGCAGUCUCCAAGAUAAAACUAACUUCGUCAAGAUUCAAAGAGAAAAGUGUCAUGAUUGUGAAUGGAGAUCGCGGUUCAGAACUCAAGUAAAGCAUCACUGGAUAAGCUAGAUAACACACUGGUACAUGUAGCAAAUUAUAUCUGGUACAUGUAGCAAAUUAUAUCCUGCCUGAAAACAGGCUAUAAUUUUUUACCUCUUAGCAUUCAUUUUGUUCUACUGACUCAAUUUAAAAACUGGCUUUUAUUGCUAACUUAACAUUUGUGGAUAUUAUAUUCCAUGUCAAGGGAAUCAAUUGCAAGUUUUACUUGAUCUGUGAUGUGCACUAACCUCGUAUGGGCAUUUAGUGUGUUUCUUCAGUUGGCUAAUGACACAUUCCAUGAAUAUUGUUACCAACAGUGUCAAAAGUAGCUGGACAGUCUGAUGCUUUAUUUGCCUAUAUGAGGUGAGAGACUGCUUAUAGGGCAAGAUAGAUAUUGCUAUUCUGAUUUUUUUUUAAAAAAAAAGCAUAACGUUUGUAGUGCCUUAAUUAUCCUUUGUUCACACAAGAAAUGAAAUAUGGUAAAGCAAAUUCUUGCUGUUAGGUUUUCCCAAUAAACAAAAAGCUACCUUGUUUGCUGUGCAGAUCUGUUAAAUAUUUAAAAUAUCAUGUUCGUAUUUUCAAAUAAAGUUUUUUUCAUACA